AUGUCCAAGCCCGACGCCGACGAUGCUGCCUCUCCCACCACCAGGUCCCUCGCCAUCGACAUCGUCGCCGCCACGAGGUCGAUGCACACCAGAAUCAACAAGCUGGUGACAUCCCGGGUGCCGCUCGCCCUUCCUCCACAUUCUUCCGAUGCCGGCGCAUACAUCAGCGGCCUGCUGCACUUUCUACCCGUGUACAUUACGUUUGAGAAGCUGUGGCUGGACAUACUCUCCAGUCCUCCCGAUGAAGGCGUGGCGGAUGAUACACUUCUCGAUGCAGAGAGCAGGGAUGGAGUCUUGAAGGUGGAGGAGAGCAAAGAUGGCAACAUCGAGGUCUCCGAACGCGUCCGUACGAUUCUCGUGGCUCUCUACAUGCCCCAGCUCUUCCGGUCCGACCGUCUUCGAGGCGACAUCAAAGCCAUGACGGGCUGGACCGACGAGGCCCUCGAUUGUCAGAUCCAAGCCGUCAAAGGAACCGGCCAACUGUCCGCCUUCCUCUCACACAUCAAGCAAGCCGUCCACGCAAAGCCGCACGUCCUCAUCGCCUACUCGUACAACCUGUUCAUGGCCCUCUUCGCCGGCGGCCGCUACAUCAGGGCGUCUUUUGAAAAGGCCGGCAACGACUUUUGGACAACCGUCCCAGAGCCCAUCAAGCCGACGAUGCAGCCGUGCGAGCCCAGAGCAGGUGCUGCGUCCUUUUCUCCGCUAGAGCUGACGGGCGAUGAUGGCCUCGGCCCACCAUCGCAUUCUUUCCAAACCUCGCCUUGCGAUGGGUUUCUGCAGUUUUGGCACUUUGACUCACCAGAGGACGGCGAGGAUUUUAAGCGAGACUAUAAGGAGAGGUUGCUCACGUGGGAGGACAGUCUGAGUGCCGGCGAGAGAGAGGAUAUCCUGCAAGAGUCCGUCAUCAUCCUGGAGAGCAUCGGCCAGAUUGUCGGACAGCUGGACGAUGUCUGCUCGGACGAGCGUGAAGAGGGGAAAAGCGAUCUAAUGGCAAGGAGGCCGUCCUUGGCCAGCCAUUUUAUGCAGGCCCAGUUUGUGGCUCGUCUGCGUGACAGCUUCUUGAUUGCCAGGGACAGGGGCGUAGGAAAUCCGUUUCGGAGUCGAUCGGUUGACACAGAUGCCAGCGGGAGGGAGGACGAGGAGGAUGCGGAUACUACCCAACAUGUCGGAGCCACUGGCGCCCCCAAAUCUAUGAGAUUUGCAAAGGCGCUGCCGAUUCCUCCUCGCAACAAGGGUCGAGGUAUGCAUCCGAUUUUCGCGUGGAUCGUCGGCUUGUUGAUGCUGUAUGUGGUUGUUCGCGUCAGGGGAGUUGUGAGCGCUUAGGGGGAUACCACA